AUGGCUGCUCCGGUAUCUACCACGCUCGCUUCUUUGAAGCUGCUUCCAACCAAGACGGAAUUCACGAUCUAUACGGAUUACUGCAACAGCAACGCUACACUGGUACCUCUGGAAAGUUGUACGAGCAGAAGCAUUAGCACCUUCAGUGUGGACUGUCCUCAGCUCAACGGCACAAGCGAUACCGGCUACAUCACGAGCUGGGGAACCUCUGUGCCCUCCACCACUUCACCAUCUACAUCCUCUGUACCCGUACCUCCGACUUCGUCCUCGCAGCAAACUCUUGCAACGGACAUACCAUCUACAUCCUUCGUACCGGAAUCGCAGGCUCCAACCUCGCAGCCAAAUCCUGCAACGGGUAUACCCCGUCCUACCCAAUCUUCCUCCACCACUUUUCCACCCUCACCCUCAUCCUCACAAGGUCAAAAAGGAAGCGGUAACGAUGGCGGACUGAGCGGUCCUUCGACCAUCGCCAUCGGUGUGGUCUUGCCCGGCGUCGGUGUCAUUGUCGCGAUCAUCAUCGGAAUAGUGGGCUUCAAAAGGCACAGAAGAGCACCGCGAGCGCUGCCGACUAGGCGUUGGAGUACCUAG